UGUCAACUGCCGCGUCCCAGCGAUGCAGGGCGCAUAUAGCGAAAUAGGGUUUGUACAGCAGAUCCUCAGCCUGAAUUUGGUACCUAGGGAAAAUGGCACCAAAUGUGGCAACGACACAUCGCUGUGCGGCUUCUCAGGUCAGAUACGGUUGUUUAAACAUUUUCAAAACCGUCUUCUAACGUGUUUCGGUGUCCGCAUGUUUCACGACGUUGGAGGAGCCAAUACGGGUAGCAUGGCAUGCAGUUAUCUUUAGCUUACUGGCCACACGGUGAAUUCACCGAAUAAAUGAAAAGUUUGGUGCGGUAGGUGCCUUUUGGGAAUGAGGGUAGAACGUCUGUACCCUCGAACAUUUAAUUACUGGGGGGUCAGGACCACUGUCCCCGCGUGAUAUUUAAGUCUGGGAGAUCAGGGUCUCUGCACCCCGUAACACUUAAGACUGACGGGUUGCGUUGAUGUGUGCAGAAGAAGAUUAUGCAGCAAGAAGAUUAUCCUGUCCAUCUUCUAACUGCAUAUACUGGUCAGGGUGAUGGGUAGUGGCCUGGCACCUAUUCCAGCAGCACAGGGCACGAGACUCGGUACAUCUUGGACAGGAUGCCAGUCCAUCACAGGAAGAUGUGGUAUGGUGUGUUCCUUUGGGCUGUGGCUUCCUCGCUGGUGUUCCACCUUCCCGCAGCUCUCCUGGCCGUCGCAACCCUACGGUGGCACAAGGUGGCGCGGUUCAUGCCCGUCGCCAUCCUGCUCAUGAGCAUCCUGGGCCCAGUGUGUGGGGGGGUCCUCACCAGUGCCGCGAUUGCAGGUGUGUACAAAGCGGCAGGGAAGAAGAUGAUUUCCCUGGAGGCCUUGGUCUUUGGGGUGGGGCAGUCCUUCUGUGUCCUGGUCAUCUCCUUCUUCAGGGUCUUAGCCACACUAUAACACUGACCCAGGUGGUGCCAAGCAGUGCCUCGAAUUGCUGUGGGGCAAGCACUGGCAAGAUUGCACAUUGCCCUUGACAUCUCACAGACAGGCCACACCCUGCUGUCCAGAGCUCUUACAAGCUUUGCAGUGUCUGUAUACCCGCAAAGCUUCAGGGAAGGACUCUGGGAUUUGACAGCUGGAUCAUUUUUAUUCUCUCUCAGGCAAUUUGGGGUCCCCACAGAUUUCCAUCUGAAAUUCAAGUUUUCAGACAAGCAGCUUCUCAGUAGAUAGAUCUUUCUAUUAGUACUGCCGAUGUGAGCAAGUCAUGUUUAACUCUCACAUGUUCUGUGUUCUGUGGCAUUCUCAGAUGUCGGCUGCUGGGCUGUGAUGUCAUCACUAUGAGACAUGGUGCCCAUGUUGACUCAGCAGUGACUUGCACUGAACUUCCUUUCCAAUAUUUAAUGAAAACUCUAUGCAUUCAUUUGCGUUUUUCCAUUCACAGAGGAAGGUGCAAAAUGUUUACAGAUGGGUUUCUCUCUCCUGAUUUCGGUAGAAGCUUAUGAUUCAGUAAUUGAAUUUGCACACGCAUUCUGGCCUCUGGUGUUCUCAACACACUUGUACUUCAAAUAUUUUCAACUUUGAAAAAGAAUAUUGCAGAGUCUGAUGAAAACUAAAGGGUUUCCUUUACAUCAAUUAUGCUUUCUUCUUAUAUACUUAGACAUUUUCAAAUUUGGCCUAAUGUUUAAUAUGUUUUAUAAACCAAUGCAUUUUAUUUCUGAAUAUGUAAUAUCUGACUUGCUUAAUAAGCUGUAAUUACAUUUCUAGAAUGUUAACCAAAAUAUAAGUAAAAAAAAGAAGACGCGUUUGAGGUACACUGGAUUUUCUAAUGUUAACUGCAAAUUUGUGGAACAUGAACAAUAUGUUAAACAUAAUUUCAGCCAGAUGUUUGGCAUUAGAUUAAAAUCCACGUUUAAAAAAACCCUACAAAUUACCAGCAUUAAAAAGCACAGUCAUCUACAUGUGGAUGGAAAACUCUACAGCUUAAAGACUUUUCAAACGAGUUUGUUCUUCUAAUAAAUUUGAGCUUUAGGAAAGGAAGAACAGCCCAGUGAAUAUGAUAUGGUCAUAUGUGGGUUGAAAGACACUCAUGGGCAUGUGUUUGGGAUGAUGACUUUCUGCUUAAUGAUACUCCUACCAUCUCACUCUGGGGGGGUCCUAGCACUUUACCCUUGUCCUCGUGCUGUUAUCAUCAAUGGGUCUUUGAUAAGUUUCAUUUGUUAUAAUUUCACAACCAGCUUCAUUUGACCUGCUGUACACUAAGUGCCAAUAGUUUUCCAUUAACUAGAUUUCAGAAUAAAAUGAUGUAAAAUGUGA